AUGGAUGAACUUAAACAUCAAGUCAUGAUUAACCAGUUCGUCCUGACGGCGGGGUGUGCGGCAGACCAAGCGAAGCAGCUCCUGCAGGCGGCACAUUGGCAGUUCGAGACUGCGCUCAGUGCCUUUUUCCAAGAAACAAAUAUCCCAUAUGGCCAUCAUCAUCAAAUGAUGUGCACACCAGCCAACACGCCAGCGACACCCCCCAAUUUCCCGGACGCCCUGACCAUGUUCUCCCGACUCAAGGCGUCGGAAAGCUUCAACAGCGGCAGCCCCGCGGCGGCGUCCGCGGCCACCUCGCCGCCCCCUCAAGUCGGCGGCUGGGGGCUGUCGGCCAACGUGCCCAACGUGCCGCCGCCCCCGCAGGGACUCUGGACUCAGGCGCAGGCCCCCGCGCCGCCCUGUCCCGCCUGGCCCACGGGCGUCAACCCUCACGCCGGCGCCGAGCAGAAGGCCAGCGUAGCCAUGGAGGCCGAGAGAUGA